AUGACAAAGGACGUGAAGAUCUGCCUUGAGCUUCUACCGCCUGGGGACGAUUCAACGCUUCCCCAAGGCAACCUGAGGCCCCCGGCGCUAGGCUCUGGGCCGCCAGAGCUUGCUAUGGACAGGUCUGCUUACUGGCGCCCUGGUAUACAGCUUCAUGUACGAUUCCUCUCAGGGGAUACCUUUGUCAAGGGAAAGGUCAUGUAUUUCGCUCAAAUCUGGGAAAAGUAUGCAAGAAUCGACUUUAUAUUCGAUGAUUCUCCAAAAGCGGAGAUAAGAGUCGAUUUCACUAAAGGAGCAGGAUCCUGGUCCUAUCUUGGCAGACAUAACCUCCAGAUCGCGCCUGAUAAACCGACCAUGAAUUUCGGAUGGUUUGACGAUAAUACUACGGACGAGGAGUUUUCGAGAACCACCCUCCAUGAGUUUGGACAUGCCCUUGGACUAAUUCAUGAGCACAUGAGCCCCACGGCCAAUAUCCCCUGGGACAGGAAGAAGGUGUACGAUUACUUUGGGGGGCCACCGAACAACUGGACAAAAGAAAUGGUCGAUCGCAAUCUCUUUGAGAGAUACCCGCCGUCAGGAGCAAACUACAGCAGCUUUGACCCCUAUUCGAUUAUGCUCUAUCGAAUUCCAAACGAGCUUACCAUUGGCGACUUUGAGACCCCGAACAACAUAGUUCUCUCGGCAACUGAUAAAUCGUUCGUAGGCAUCCUCUAUCCUAAGCAGACUCGUGAUGUAGGAAGGUUCAGUACUAAGGCGAGUCGAAACGAUAAUACGCCGGGAGCGCUCAAUUCGAUGGUAGUUGCAUUUGAAUCUGCAUAUCCGGAGCCUCCAAGCGUUGCCGUCGGCCUGACUGAGCUUGACCUCAGCAAGGACACAAACAUCCGUGUCAAGGCGUACGCCGAGCGCAUUACAAAGGAUGAUUUUGUUGUUCACACUGACGCUUGGGCUGAUACAGUGCUCUACUCCGCGGGAGCGGCGUGGUUCGAAGUUUCUAGCACUGAUACUGAGUUCCAGAUCGGUGAAUUUAACACUCUUGACCUACACCCGUGGAAUGAUCCUAGUCGGCAGAACACCAAGCGGGUGAUAUUCGAGAGAUCAUACCCAGAACCUCCAAAGGUUGUGAUCUGGCUUCAGGGCUUGGACAUGGAUAAGAACAAGGACUGGCGCAUUGCAGCGCACGCUUCGAAUAUUACGACCGAAGGAUUUGAUUUACAUAUUGAUACAUGGGGUGAUAGUAAAUUGUAUAGUGGGACCGCGUCCUGGAUUGCGUAUCCAGGAACCAAGACUGGCAUUGCAAGCGGUGCCGUUGAUUCUUCUACCCCGUCUGGUUUAUCAGGCCAAUCCGAGUCGCAGAAGAAAGGUGGGAGGGUGGCGUUCCCUCAGGGAACAUUUGAUAGAGUUCCUGAGGUGACGUUAGCUCUGAAGUCGUUCAACUUUGGCAAUCAGCACAACUUGAGACUCGAAGCUAAGGCGGAAAACGUCACUAAGGAUGGGUUCAAUUGGAGUGUAGAAGGCCUAGGUGAUAGUGACAUCAAGGGUGCGGGAGUGUCAUAUUUGGCGAUUUAGUGUAUGAAG